GUGGUGCUUCUUCGGAUCCAGUCCUGCCGGAAAAAAAACCCAAGAACAUUAACCCCGUUCCCCCGCCCCGCUGGCUGCGUCUGGGGUUGGGCCGGCUUCUCGCCCUUAUCUUUUUUUGCAUUUCCCUUUUGCUCUGCGGGUCCAGAGAUCCCGAACUAAGGAUCCCCCCCUCCUCUUUGUUUUUUUUUUUUUGCAGUCGCUCUUAUUUUAUUGGAAGCCGAUCCCAACCCCCUCCCCAACGGGAUCGACCUCCCACCCUCUCCGGUUUGCACCCCAGAUCUGAAGUCGGAAAGAAGGCAAAAGCGGCGAGAAAAGUUGAUCCCCAGGCGCGGUGGUUGGAGGAGACGGACAGAUCUUGUCUUCAACGUGACAUUGGAUUUUCGGAGCCUUUGAAUUGAGAAGAAGCCCAAAUUCUGCGUCGGGAGAAUUGCAGAUGUACACAGAGAAAAACGCUCUGUUUGGGGAGGUAUACCGACAUGCAUUUCUUAAGACCGUGGCUGCUAGUUUGUCUUGGAUAAGAUGGUGACGUGGCAGAACACUGGAUUUUGAUAUGUAUAAGUAACCCAACACUUGCCAUAUGUAUUGCCUGGACUGAGAGAAUAUAUUCUCCACAGCCAAGACUCAGAGUAAUUCCAAGGCUGGAUGAUUUAUGGAACAGGCACAGUUGUGGUUUACUGGCCAGCUGAGCCAGCAACCUCUGUCUCCAGUGACAUGAAGCAAGCCAAGCCAAGCUAACUCUAGCAGGACCAAAGCACGACACACUUGUGAAACGCUAUAUUAUAUCCUACUGUACUAUAUCCUACUUGUGCAGAGCUGACUGUGGAGAACCUAAUGAAGUGUUAGGCUGACUCAUUGAUCUUCGUUUAUAAACACCAGCUGUUUCCUUCUCCCUACCUGGACUGGGGUGAUCGCCGAAGAGACCCCCAUCCUGACUUCCUUCGCCGCACCAUGUUCUUCAGUAAAGUCCGGUCAUGGCUUCCUGCGCUGCCGUCGCUACGAGGAAAAGCGAAGCAGGCGGAGGGGCCCGGGGCCUUGUCAGAAUCCCCGGCACCUCCCAAGGCAAGGUGGUGGACUGGCCACUGGAUUUGGGGGGCCAUCAGGUGGAGCCGAAGUUCGGCCCCCAUAGGAGAGCAUUCCCUCUUAGCCGGGAUCCCCCAGCACCUGUCCCCCCGCUACACCCAGCCCACGGAGCUUCCGGAACACUUCCAGAUCUGCUUCAACUUCGCCCGCCACCUCUUUGACUUGUGCGUGGUCACGUUGCUGUGCGCCUCUUCGCCGGUGUUCCGGCUGGCCUUGGACAUCUUGGGCUUCGGAGGUCCCCUGAAGGUCUGGCUCCACGGGGUCGCCUGUUUCUUGGUCACGGCGUAUGGGAUGUACUUGGCCCUCUGGCUGGUGCAGGAAUACCUGGUGCAGUUUGCCUGCCUCUACGGCUUCCUGCAGACCUUGGUCUUGUGUGUCAGUAUGCGGGCUGGAGACUACGAGGACCAGGAAGCGGACCCGGGUACGGCCCCCGACGCAGCCAAGGAAGACCAACAAUCAGACGUGGAAUUGCACAAACAGUAAUCACGGUUCUGCGAAGGAAGAACGCAUUGAUCCUCCUCCUGCGGCUACUGGGGAAGACGCGGGUGGGACGGAAGCCAAAGAGAUCAACCAAGGAGGUGUCCACUGGGACAGAAAAGGGGCGUUUUUCUUACAUAUUUAUAGAUGGCGAGGCGGACGAAAGGGAGGUUUGUUGGUAUGUGUUUGCCAAAAACGAAUGCACAAUUACAGGGAUUGACUCAGGGGAUCUGAUACAGAGUCUUAACUUGUGAACGGUUAAAAGACCAAUCUGUGAAGGGAUGUGAGGGAAGGCCCCGUAAGGCAGGCAGAGAAAUCAAAAAAACAGUCGGCCUUUGGAAGCAGAACUUAAAAGAGGGAAGAAAGCCGGGCAACUUGAAACUGCUUUUCCUGUUAUGGCCCCUCCCCCUUUUCCCCUGAGGAAUCUGGGAAAUGUAGUCUUGGAGGGAAGGACGGAAAGGCAUGCGGAAGAGUUCUUUGCUAGGGAUUCUGAGCCUCUUCUUGGCAGCUGAUGGCCAGCAGGUUGGCUGGCACUGUUGACGGAUGCAAAAAGCGGCACACGCCCUUCCCUUGCGAUCUCUCUGUGCCUGCAUUUUCAUCCUACUCUGGGCCUUUGGCUUGCCUCCAUCUGUUGACAUUUCAGGUGAGAAGGCCUGGUACGAGCCAUAUAGAAGGAGUUGUUGGAACCCCACUGUGAAACUACAAAACAAUCCUAUGUGAUCGUGCAAGCCCAGGCAGGUGGCUGUUAUUUGGUCACAACCUUUAGGAGUGGAAUAAUUGAGCCUAUAGCCGUAGUGGCGAACCUUUGGCAUGCCAGAUGUUAUGGACUACAAUUCCCAUCAGUCCCUGCCAGCAUGGCCAAUUGGCAGGGGUUGAUAGGAAUUGUAGUCCAUAACACUUGGAGUGCCAAAGGUUCGCCACCACUGGCCUAUAGGGAGGUUUGGGAGACUUGGAAGAGCUAUUAUACUAGUUGCAGCGCAGUUUUCUAGGCUAGAUCCGUCCAGUUCUAGAACAGAGAGAUGGAUGGAAUAAAUCUUCCCUAACCAGGACCAAAGAAGAGAUUUAACUCUAGCUGAGCCACGGUAGACUAUAAGGGUGGGUUGGGAUAGGAUUUGGGGGUCCGAUCUAGCAACCUGCCGCAGAGAUUGUCUUCAAUGGAGUGGGGGUGUAACCCAUUGUAUAUGUGUGUGAAAUCUUCUGUGCCCUCCCCCCAACUGAAAACAGGAUUGAGAUGGAGAAUUAAGAAAUGGGAAAACAAAUGGUAACAAUGGGUAAAGGGGGGGGGGGUCUUCUAAAAACAUGCUUAGAUCUGAAUGGCGCUGCUGCUUCAGUAGAUGGGCGAGAUAAACAGACAAAAGAUUCCAGUGGGGUUGUGAGCUGGUCGAAGCAGUUGCGAGGAAUCACAGAAGAGAAUGCAAAAGUCAGCAAAAAGCCCGUGACUAACUGAGCGAACAAUUUUUGCCGCUGUUGGUCAGGGUUGGGAUGGCUUUUCACAAUUUAACUGAAGUGAAAAUAGCAGAGGGUGUCCGGGCCACUGAUUUCCCGGUCAGAGAUGAGCGAUUUUUGAGCCUAGAAUUUCUCCUGAAUCUGAGCCUAGAAUUUCCUCUUCCUGUUCACCAGCAUUUAGAUCCACCUGCAGGUCUGGGAGGGGCUAAACUCCUCCUCCUGUUCUUUUUUACCUUUCUAGCAAUACUAAAAUAACCCUGCAGGAUCACAGCAUAUGCUUACUGACGUGGGGGAGUAAAUUGCUCUAACCAUCUGUGGACAGUGCCUCACUCCGCUCUCCAUUAUGCACCAGCUAUAGGGUAGGUAGCCAUUUUACCCUAUUACUGAACAGGUGGUACAGGUGACCUAGCUUCCCUGCCUGGGGCAGGUCACUUAGGGACAGGCUGGCCAUCUGUCUGUGACUGGCUUUACCUUAAGUAGGAACAAAUGUUUUUCUUGGCAGCCAGAAAAUCCUUCAGGGACCCUUCUAGCCUGAUGGCACCCUGAAAUCUAGAGCAAAGGCCCCGCCUUGGUUUAAAACAUCCCACCGUUCAGUGGUGGUAGUUCUUAUGGCACUUCCAGCUAAUGGACUACAAUUCCCAUCAGCCCCUGCCAGCAUGACCAAUUGGCCAUGCUGGCAGGGCCUGUUGGGGAUUGUAGUCCAUAACAUCUGGAGUGCCAAAGGUUCGCCACCAUGGCCAUAGUUCAACUACAUCUACUACUUCAAAAUGAUAUGGCACGGACAUGCUAAUUCUGCAUCUCGGAUAUACAGCUACCGGUGCGAUGUUUAAAAUUAAUUCAUCCUCCGGCGUCUCUUAUGAUAUAAAUUUUGUUGUUCCAUUAGAAUGUCCACUUAUUUGUGUCAUCCCACCAGUAUGUAUGUAGCAAAAAAGGGGGGGAGGGAAAGGGGGGGACCAAACAAAAUGCAAACUUCAUGGCUUUGAGAAAUAAAUUGUUAUUGCAGCCACAUACAUAGCUCACCUCAACCCCAUUCUAGCAGAAAGUCUGCUCUUUGUUUGGGAUAAAACGUCACUGGCUCUCCAAAAAGAUCUCCGAGUGUGUUCCUUUCCUGCAUCGGGUUUUGCCUUCUGAAUUUCCUAGCCCUGAAUUAAAACACCCAGGUCAUAUAUGCUGGUGCAACAUCCAGCACUCAUUUCAUAGUCCUCUCCUCCCAUAUAGGUCAGAAUCGAUUUUUUUCGGCCCCUGGCCUCUGGCAAGAAUCAAACCUUAAACCUCUCGGUUCCAAUCUACAGUGUCUUACAAAUGUCUGACCUGGUCACUUGACCAGUGUUGUGCUUUUCACUCAGUCAAGACAAUCGUGUUCUGACUCGGUCCGAAGGGCAAACCCCCUAGAAUUGAGUCACAAUGGUUUUUGCUGCGACAUCCAUCCAAUUGGAUAGGGUUUGGAAGCAUCGAAACAUUGUCCUUUCUGUCAGGGCUGGCUC